AUGGCCGACAACAACCAUUCCAACCCCCCAAACACCAGCUGGUUCCGCACCUUCAGCCGCUCCAGCAGCAACACCGCAAAACAACAACAACAACAACCCCCACCAUCACAACCAUCACAGCCAUCACAACCACCACAACCCCCAACCCUCCAAACCCGCCACACCUUCCACCACAUCCCAACCCCCGCCUCCUCCACCACCCCCAGCGCGUCCCCCACCACCGGCUCCCCGCCAACCCGCUCCCACCACCAACACCACCACCGCAAAUCCGCCGGCGCCACCCUCCGCACCGUCUCCAGCUUCCUCAGCCUCAAGAGCACCAGCAGCAGUGGCGCAAACAACCGCAGUGGUAGUGGUGGUGGUCAUGGAGGUGGUGGGGGUGGGGGUGGGGGUGGUGCGCUGGAGGCGAUGCCCCCGUCGCUGUCGAUGUUGCCGCUGACGGAGGUGGAUUAUCAUCAUCAUUAUCAUCAUUCGGGGUAUUCUUCUUAUGCUGGGUCGGAGGGGGGUGGGAGUGGGGGAAUGAGGAGUAGGAGUGGGAGUGGGCGGGGGGGGAAUGAGGGUGGUGCUGGUGCUGGUGCUGGGGCUGGUGAGCCGUGGCAUAAUCCGAAUCUUAUGCAGAUGGCGGAGAUGUUGAGUAGUGUGAUGGGGAGGAUGGGGGCCGGGGAGAGGUUGGAUCCGACCUACCACUCCUGCGUUCUAUCCCUUAUCGAGGGCUUCUACCGCCUCACGCGGAAGCUACGAGACACCGAGGAGAAACUCGCCGAAAUAAAGGAUCUGCGAGAGAGGGAGCUGGAGCAGUUCCGCGGCAUGACCGAGGAGUGGAUCGAGACCGGCGAGGCCUACAAGGCAGAGGUCAAGCGUCUCGAGCUCGCCCUGGCCAAGGAGAGCAAAGACGGCGUGGCCAGCGUUGCUCUCGCCCGCCAUGGGAGCCUCGUCGAUCGCGUCGGAAGCAAACGGUUCCACGCCAAGCUGAAGCGCCUACACGACUUGCAACAUCAAGACGCCGCCAAGGAAGAACAGGCGCUGCUUGAGGAUGAGGAGGAACCAGUUGAUCUUGCCGAGGCCACGAGCAGCUACAGGACAUUGGAACGGCGCGAGUUUGAGGAGAGCUUGGCCCGCUGCCAACGCCGAGAAGGACGAGUUAGGGCUGCUCCGGUCUUUGUUCGCCCAGGCGGCGCUCCUGAGCCCCAUGAUAUUCUCAAGGAAACCCUAAGAGCCCAGGAAUCUUCUAAACCCACCGUCAGUCAAGAUGUUUUUAUCGAGACGGCGCGGGAGCACACUACUGCGGACGGUACCGGCCAGUCAAGCCUCACGCCUAGCUUCGAAUCCCAAUCUUCUCUAUCAACAGAUAACGAAUCGUCGUCGUCUUCGGAUGAGUCACGUGACACAGGGGUCAGGCCGGCGCAGCCCUAUCUCAGCUUGUUUGGUAAGUUGAAGGGCGGGCCGAAGAAAGGGAAGAAACAGUCCGAGUUAUCAGAGUCAAGUGACCAGCUGCGCAAGGACCAGCGCGAGCGCAAAGGCAAAGGGGUGUUGCCGCAUUUGACGAUCACGACCAGCCAAUCUAGACAUCAAGAGACUCUGCUGGCCCAGCCAACCGACAAGAAAGAGCGGCGUAGGUGCUAUUCGUUCGACAAAGGGGGCGACGAGGUCUUGUCUGUGACUUCUCCUCUUUUCCCCUCUGAGGUUGACUCCCCGCUCGAGCCAUCUGCGGACAAUAAAGCUCCUACCCAAGCAGAACCCAACAGGUUGUUUUCAGUCUUGGGGCUUCAGGGCGUGGUGCCUGACAGUGAAGCCGCGCUGCCGUCCGACUCGAGCUCCAGUUCGAUUAGCCAUUCGACUUCUACGAAUACCGUCAAGUGGGUUGGCGAGAACGACGGCGGUGGUGAUGGCACCGCAGAGGGUGGUAGCAGUGACUAUGGGCGAAGAGAGAGCAGUGGUUAG